AUGGACAACGACUUUGAGAUGCAGCCUCAUGGAGCCCCAGGCCCCGGAACCUCCUCCUCCCACAGCCACCUCCUGGGGCGCCCUGCCCGCCCCUCAAAGCUCCCUGGAGGGGUAUCGCCUCUCAUCCCUGUUCUCAGGAAGACCAUCCAUUUGGAUGCCUUUCCCCAAAGCCACAUCCCACAGGCUUCCAGCCGACCGGUUCUUGGAGUCAGGGCCCGGAGUGUGCCCCCACAGGAGACAGGCAAGAGCCCUGUGCCCAGAAAGCUCAGCUCCAUCUCCUUAACACUCCACCAGCACAGCCAGGCAUGGCCCCUGGGCCCCCUACCUUCUUGCUGGAAAGAACUGUCCACCCCAGGCAGGGAGGCUGGCACCCAUGGAGGAGGGAGGCUGCCUGCUCCAGGCUUACCAUCUGUGACCCUAGCGCCAGGGGGCAGGGUCCACUCUGAAGGCCCAGGUAACCCAGGUCUGGCCAAACCUAGCAGGAUGCCCAUAGUGGAGAAGCCCCUGGUGGGUUCAUACCUGACCCUACCUUUCCAAUCCCGGUUAGCUCAUAAUCCACCAGGUCCUGCAGGGCCAGGCUCAGUGGGUCAGAGGCAACCUGUCCCAAUGUCUGCCCAUGUGCCCACCAGAGCUUCUCCAGGAAGAGGCAAGCCCCGAUCCAGGGGUAUUCCGAGACCCCGGCUGCAUCUCCAAAGGGCUACCCCUAUUGUGGGGCCUGCAAUGGCCAUAGAUUUGACUACUCUGGGCACAAUGAGGCCAGGCACAGUCAGACAUUCAGCCACAAUGGCCACCAAUAGACCUGGCUUGGCUGUCAACUUGGCUACACCAAAUACAUCCGAACUGGACACAGGCACCGAGCUCCCUGAUCUGGAUACCAAACUGGGCACGGCCAUGGACUUGGCUACAGCAGGCACAGCCAAGCCAGAUUCAACUGCAGAGUGCACAGCCAUGGAAUGGGUAGCACCAGACCCAGUCAAGCUGGGCACAGCGAGGCCGGACACAGCCAUGGCACUGGCUAGAGAAAAUGCAGUCAAGCUGGACAUAACUACGGAUUCUCUUGCUUUGGACACAAGCAGGCUGGGCACAGCCAUGGGUUCAGUUGUGCCAGUCACCCCAGACCCAGCCCCUGGGGAGACUACACUGGACAGUGUCAUUAACAUGACUACAUCAGACAUUGCCAACUACCCAUCAGGGCCAAACAGAAGCGCAGACCCAGCUCUGGACCGUGCUGCAGCUGAUGCUGCCACAGAUGGGGGCACAGAGCCCACCACUCUGGACCUGGCCAGAGAAACCAAAGACUCAGAGCUCUUUGAGAACAGGGACGAUGACCCUCAUUCUUGUCCCCGCAAGGCCUGUCAAUAUGCUAUCUAUUAA